AUGCAAGCAGAUCGCCGAAGACUCAAUCCACCCGCCGGAGGGACAUCCGCACCCAUCUACAUCCUGCCAUCCGACCACCCUCUCACACCUCCAACACGCUCGCGACCGCCCACCGACCACCGCAAAAUCUUUCUUCAAACCGGCAUCGUACCCUCAGCAAGCGGAAGCGCCUAUUACGAAAUCCCACCAGAGACCACAACAUCACCAAGCCUCUUGAUCCCAAGUAGAUCCGCGCUCAAAAUCACCUGCACAGUCCACGGCCCGCGGCCACUCCCUCGCAACGCGGCCUUCUCCCCGAAUCUCCUGCUCAGCACACACAUCAAAUUCGCCUCCUUCGCGUCCCGGAAACGGAGAGCUCAUGUGAGGGAUCCCAGCGAAAGGGAUUUGGGCGUGCAUUUGGAGACAGCGUUGAGAGGCGUGGUCAUUGGAGAGCGCUGGCCGAAGAGCGGUUGCGAGGUCGUCGUGACGGUGUUGGAGGGCGAGGAGGAUUCUUUCUGGGGGGAUGAUGGGAGCUCUAAUGGUGGAGGAGGUGGUGGGUGGGGCAUGAUGAAUGUUCUUGCGGGGUGUAUCACCGUUGCGGGUGCGGCACUGGUCGAUGCGGGGAUCGAUUGUGUGGAUUUGAUCUCGGGUGGUGUUGCGGCGGUUGUCAGUCCCGAUGACGAGAAGAAGGAUGGUCGGAAAGACAGUCUCAUCGUCCUCGAUCCCUCGCCCUCAGAACACCGCCAGAUCCGCGCGGCGUGUGUCGUCGCCUAUCUCCAAUCCCGCGACGAAAUCACGGAGAUGUGGAUGAAAGGCGAUGUUGGCGGACACGUCGAGGUUGAGGCGCUCGUGGAUCAGGCGGUCAAGGCGGCGACUUUGACGAGGACGGUACUUAUCGAGGCGGUGAGGGAGGCGACGGAGGCGAAAAUUGCUGGGUCAGAGGUCUUGAGCAAGCAAGUGGGAAACGCUGCAGCGAAGGAAUCGUCGUUACCGAAGGCGGAUAUUAUCAUGAAGGGAUGAGGAUAUCUAAUGGAUUUGGAAUCUCAGAAGGUGUGUACAGAGGAUUCAUGAUGUGACGAGAGUAUGUGGAGCAGAGCCUGGGUGCAUGUGGUGUGCUUUUCUUGAAAAGGCAACAUUCUGGCCGG